AAGCAGCUUGGGUGGAACCCUUGCAGUCAUUAUAAAAACGUCCGAUCCUCCUUUGAACAGCGUUAGUGCUACCGACCGCAUCGUCUAAACAUGUUCUCCUGCUUCACACUUCGCUCAGUGCUGCUGCUGGCAGCAACUUGUUUGCUCCUCACAGCAGUUGUUGAUUCUGCAGAGCAAGUGACCACCUGUGAUUGGUACCCUUUGAGCAUCCAUCGCCUAUACUGUGAACAUGGAGUGAUCAGCGUGGACCAAGCUUUGUAUGGUCGCACAAGCGCUCUGCUCUGUGCUGACGGCAACCCUCCGCAGCACCUGGCUAACUUGCAGUGUGCUCGCCAAGGCACCGUGGACAACCUUAAGACAAAUUGCAAUGGAAAGACAUCGUGUGAAUUGAUCAUGGAGGAUUUCCGCACUCCUGAUCCCUGCGCUGGCACUGUGAAAUAUUUGCAGACAAACUUCACCUGCUUGCCUGCAAUUACUGUGGUGGCGUGUGAGUCGUCAGAGGCACAUUUGUAUUGUGAAUUAGGACGUACUAUUUUGGUCUACGGUGCUGAUUACGGACGCCGUGACCGGACCACAUGCACAUACAGACGGCCCCUGAGCCAGAUAGAAAAUACAGAAUGCCUGCACCCAACUGACAUUGUCUCCAGAAGGUGCGAUGGGAAAACCAGCUGCAAGAUAACAGCCAGCAACGCAGUAUUUGGAGACCCUUGUAAAGGCACCUACAAGUACUUGGAGGUUGCUUACACAUGUACAUAGCCUGGUAAUAAGCCCUCCAAAAGUAGUCCUGUCAUCAUUUGAGUCUAUUGUUUCAAUAAACUGAUCAAAUGAGUGUCAAA